AUGGAAGAUUUUGAUGGACAAAAACGUUUUGCUCAAUAUUAUAGUUUUCGAGUGUCAGAUGAACAAGACAAAUAUCGACUGUCACAUGGAUCGUAUACCAAAGGUGAUGCAGGAGAUUCACUGACUCGGCAAAAUGGUAUGCAGUUUUCAACCAAAGAUCAAGAUAAUGAUCGAUAUGUUGGUUCAUGUGCUCAGUCAUACAAUGGAGCAUGGUGGUAUAGUGUUUGUCUCGAUUCAAAUUUGAAUGGUGGAUAUUUACGUGGGAACCAUCCAAAUAUUGAAGGCACAGGAGUGAACUGGGUUACAUUCAGAGGUGUUUAUUAUUCAUUAAAGACAUCAGAGAUGAAAAUUCGUCCUGUAUGGUUCAAACCUUGA